UUCCUUGCCCAUCUCUUCAUUUAUAAUUAAGUCCAUGUCCCUCUCUCGUUCUCUAUCUCUCUAUCUCUCUCCAUAGUUUUCUUCUCUUCCUUUGAGCUAUAUAAAUAAGAGGAAAAACUACUACUGUCUUUAGUGUUUCCACUUGGAAAAUGGGACGAUCACCAUGCUGCGAUAAGAUAGGCUUAAAGAAAGGACCAUGGACUCCCGAGGAAGAUCAGAAGCUCUUAGCUUAUAUCGAAGAACAUGGCCAUGGAAGUUGGCGUGCCUUGCCAGCAAAAGCUGGGCUUCAGAGGUGUGGCAAGAGUUGCAGACUAAGAUGGACCAAUUAUCUUAGGCCUGAUAUUAAGAGGGGAAAGUUCAGUCUGCAAGAAGAGCAAACCAUCAUUCAACUCCAUGCCCUCUUAGGAAACAGGUGGUCGGCAAUAGCCACACACCUGCCAAAGAGAACGGAUAAUGAGAUCAAGAACUAUUGGAACACGCAUCUUAAAAAAAGGUUAACCAAAAUGGGAAUUGACCCUGUGACGCACAAGCCAAAAAAUGAUGCCCUUCUCUCUAGUGACGGUCAAUCCAAAACCGCUGCAAAUCUCAGCCACAUGGCUCAGUGGGAGAGUGCUCGCCUUGAAGCUGAAGCAAGACUAGUGAGAGAAUCAAAGCUACGUUCACAUUCACUGAAACACCAACAACUUGGAAGUUCUUCUACAUUUGCAUCUUCAUCAUCAGCAUCAACCUCAGCUAACAAUAAACCAGAAGCACCACCGCCACCGCCGCCGCCACCACCGUCAUCGUCGCAUUUGCCUUCACGAUCUUCCCUUGAUGUUCUCAAGGCUUGGAAUAAUGGAGGGUGGUUAAAAUCCAAUGAAGGAAAUGGUGGCAUUGCAAGCACAGUUGGGGUAAGUGGUGACCUUGAGUCUCCUACCUCUACACUAUCUUUCUCCGAGAAUGCACCACCAAUUAUGAAUGCAACUGGAGGAGAAAAUAACAACAACAACAAUCACAAUGAUAAUGCAAUGCCAAUGAUUGAGUUUGUGGGUAGUUCAGGUAAUUCUUCAUCUCUUGUGAAAGAAGAAGGUGAACAAGAGUGGAAAGGUUAUGAUAGUUCCAUCACUACUUUUAGUUCUGGCCUGCAUGAGUUCACAAUGUCCAUGGAAGGCACGUGGGCCUCUGAGUCUCUUAGGGCUAGUGGUUCACAUGAUGAUGCCAUUGUUGAAGAAGGGUUCACCAAUCUUCUGCUAAAGACAAACUCCGACGACCUAAGUUUGUCGUCAGAGGGUGGAGGAGAGUCUAACAACGGCGACGGUGAUGGUGGUAGUAACAGUGAAUUUUAUGAAGAUAACAAUAAUUAUUGGAAUAGCAUUCUCAAUUUAGUGAAUUCUUCCCCUUCUCAUUCCCCUAUGUUCUAAUGUUAGAUGGGAAAUGGAUCAUCUCAAAUUGAGUUUUUACUUAACUUUGUUACGUGAAGAUUUUGUGUUUAUCUCUCUCUUAGUAAAUGUUCACAAAAUUCUUAUAAGGCUAAACUUAUUAGAUGCCUAAGAAGAAAGAGAUAAACGCAGUUUCAUGUGACAAGGUGAAGUGAAAAUUCAAUACAAGAGGAUUUAUUUGCGUAUGGGAAAGUGCAUGUCUGAGUCACAUAUAGGGCAGCAUUUUCUUCAAAACUUUUAAACAUAAGUCAGAAGUCGAUGAUGAUCAUCUUCUCCAUCACCAUGUGGAUUUGAUCCAUAGAGUGGUUUUUGCUGGUGCUUGAGACUCUUUUAUUUUUAUUUUUUCUUCCCUUGGAAGUUUGUUAUGUAAUUCUCUGAUAUGUUUUUGGGAAACUUCUCACUGGUUGGUCGCUUCCACCAUCAAAUGUUCAUAUCAAUUUGUUUGGACUUGACACGAUUUCUGUUGCUAUAGUAUUUGGAUUUCUCUGAGUGGAGGAUACGCUUGGAUCGCUAGUCAAACUGAUAAUAGACAAGUGUGUGUGCGAAUUAAAUGACUUUUAUGCCAAGUAAUUAAUUUUCGGUGUUCAAACUGUAUACAAAAAAUUCAAUAAAGGAAACAUUUAGUA